CGUGGUAUGAGAUCCUGUGAGAUUAUUGGCUCUACAAGAAACUAACGGAUUCUCUAUUUGGAAGAAAUUAGUCCAAUACUACCAUGACUAUGGUCCCAAUUAAAUAUUAAUGUUACAUAUCAGUUUUAUUUUUAAUUUGUUGAGAAUCAGGAGUAAGACUAAUUAUGUGGCAUUUGGAGAUUAACACAUGAUUAUUUAAUAGUUUCUUUCAGUUAAGACAACCCUAUAACAAAAACUCAAUAGAUUGGUACGGAAUUUAAUUUUAGACUGUUAUUUAGUAAUAUAUUAUUAUAUUGAUUAAAGUCGUAAAUUCCUAAAUAGUUGUUAUCAUAGUUCAACUCUUCUUCUUAUUAAAGUAAAUAAAUUAUUAAAUAUAAUUAUUUCGAAAACGCAUUUUUACCACAUUCUUUGUACUGACAUUUCAUUCUUUAUUAAUUGAAUUUUACUCGUAAUAUUGCAAGUUGUAAUUAGUUUUAGCUAAUAAAGAAUAUGUGGAAGCAAUUUAUUUGCAUAGAGUAAUUUUAAAAGAUAAUUUAUUUAUACAUAGAAUUUGAAACAUUUUAGAAUUUGUUUAAUUAAAAUUAAAAACUUUAACUUGGCGCUUACAACUUUGGUAAAUGAUCUUCCUUACCUGGGACUAGCAGGUAGCAAUAAUAGUUGACAAAAAGAGAAUGUUGGAAUGGACAUUCAAAGCACAACAGAUUCCAAUGAAGUUUGUUGGACCAGGAACCUUUGGAGAUACAGGAGCUGAAUCCAAAGUGGUGUGAGAGAAACCUCGUGUACCGAGGAUGGACAUCAAUCGAAGCAAAAAAGUUGUUGAGUUAAAGGUGGAGAUGGUCUGUAUACACGAGAAAAGACUAAGGAAAUGUCUCUCAAAAUUGAAAGGGAUAGAGAAAGUGGAGGUAGACACUAACUGCCAAAAAGUAGUAGUCACUGGAUACACACACAAGAACAAAAUUCUAAAGGCAAUUAGGAGAGGGGGUCUGAAGGCUGAUUUCUGGUCUGCUCAAAAUGAGUUACUUAAUGCUUAUGUCAGUGCCAAUUAUACCAACUUGAGAUUCAACCCCUUCAGCUUCUUCUAGUUUUUAUCAUCCCCAAUUACACCAAAUUUCAUAUAUUCUUUUCUUUUGAGGGUUUCUUUUUGGACUUUAGUACCUUCUGUCUAGUGUGAGACGGUAGAUAUAUACACUACUUUGUAUUCAUUUUGCUUUUCAUUUCCAUAGAAAUCAUGACCAAUCACAAUGUCCAAGGAAUAUAGGGUGUAGUAGAGACAUAUCCAACUAAUUUUGAGGCUUUUUUUGUGUUUUUACAAAUUUCAAACUCAAGCUUUCUUUGUCUGCACGCAACUCCAGUUAAUUAUUGAA